AUGCUCUGGGCAAGCGACGUGCUGUGUCACCUGUGCCCUCUGCCACUCUCCGCCACCUUGGUUACACAACAACACCGCGGUAAUUCUUCUUCUGGGCCAUCUGCUGCCAAGUCUCGCAAGGUUGCCGCGUUGAAGACCCCCGAGCCACAACCCAAAUUACCUCGCAACGCCAAGAGGAGGGGUGAACUCUCCAGGGUUGCUUCCGGAUCUUCUGACUACCAAACACCCUCACGCAGAUGUUCCCCAAUUGCGCAAGCGACAAAAUAUCCCUCUCCUCCUCCGGUAUACACUCCCAAUCCAGCAACCUUGGCCGCCAAUGUCAAUGUGCUAUUCUCGAAGGUGGCUAACGACAUCGUGGAAUAUAGUAGACAGCCUACGUCUAUCCCAGUCAUGGUAGAGGAUGAUUCAGAUCCUUUCUACGAGUUCUUCAGUACCCCUUUCGAGCAUCCACCUCCCAACCAACCACUCAAAGCCCCACUAGUUGAUUAUGUCACUGAGGCAUGGGAUACCGCCUUCCCACCAGCAAGAUUCCACCGUGAAUUCUUGCGUAGUGGGAUGAAUGCCUAUCAGCUUCUCUUCUCUUGGUUCGCCGGGGUCAGGAGAGAUCCCUGCUGGACAACCUCGGACACUAUGGCAAUGAUGCAUCGCUAUGAAGCAAUUCUAAAGUUAUUGAAAUUGUCGGUGGUUCCCUUUGCAAUCGUUCAACCGGAAAUUCGCCGUUCCCCAACACCACCUUUGGGCCCAGCACCCCCGGCACCUACUCCAGCCUCUCCACCACCUCUGGACCCCAUCAUCGACUUGGAAGAACCCCCAGUCAAUGAACCUCUAGCAGAGGACCCAGCACCCAUCCUAAACCCAAUUCCUGCGUCAUUGGAAGAGGUACUUUCUGAAAUUGAGACUAUAGCUCAGCUACCUCCGAGCAUACCUGCCGGUGAACCUGACGCGGACGAACUGUGGGAUCAGGUUGACCCCUACUUGAACGCACGCAUUGGUAGAGACGUUCGCCCUCAAACCCUUCGCCGAGGACGUUACGGUAUCGACUGGUUGUUUUGGCACUGGCUAGUGCAGGCGCGAACUCUGCGUGGGUGGGAUAAUGCCUGCGAUGGACCUCUCCAAGUCAAGUUACAAGGUGCUCUCACUCUCCUGAAAGAGGCGGUUCUACCCGGUACCCCUGAACACAGAAAUGCUCCUAAUCCUGCUUCCCAUGAAGAGACGGUCAAUGAUCAUUAUGAGGAUUCAGUCCCUGGAAAUCCCACUGAAACUGCCUGCAAAGAAGACACGGGUAUUGAUGCUGAUGAGGUUCCAGUCGAAGCCAAUCCUUCCGGUUCAAAUGCAGAUUCUCCUAAUCCUGCUCCGGAUGAAGACACGGUUAAUGAUCCUAAUGAGGAACCAGUCCAAGGAAAUCCCACUGAAACCCCUUUGCAAAAGACUCCAGAAACUGUGGUAUGUAUAGAGCAAGAAGGUACUGGAAAGGUUCCAGGCAAGGAAGGAAAUCCAACUCAAACCACUUCUCAAAAGACUCCCACUGUAGAAAGAAGUAAUGUUGGUUCAAUGAUACCCUCUGGGAAAGAGCCUUCAGGUAACACUCCUAGUGCGCCACCAGCACCUCCUUUGGAGCCUCGAAUCCCUUCGAUACCUCUGGUUAUUCCCACCCCAGGCCCCCUGAUUCCUCCUUCGGAGCUUCGAAUCUCUGCCAUACCUCAAGCUGUUCCAACCCCUGUACCCCCGAUUCCGGCUGGGGUUCCAGGGCUUUCCAAUUCUCUUGGAAAUCAACUCCAACCUCAGACUUGCUCAACCCCUACUCGUGUGGAAUCUCAGGUGUCUUCCACCCCUAUACCCAAUCCCCCCCUUACCAACUCCCAGCCCAAUCCUACUCGGCGGCCUUGCUCAACCCCCAGUCGUGUGGAAUCUCAGGUGCCUUCCACCCCGAUACCCAAUUCAGCCCGAUUAUCCCAAACCCUUCCCUGA